AUGGCCACGCCCUACAUUUGCGCCGCAUGUCGAGGCAAACUGAUCAGACCAACCCUCAGAGCGGCUCACUCAAUCUCGCAAACUUCGUCCCGGCACCAAUCCACCUACGCAAGAGAUGACAUCGAUGGAUUACUGCAGACCUCCAAUGGGAGAAAACAACCUGCAACCUCAGAGGCGAGGUCUGCUACGUCGCGAUACUCCAGCAGCACUGGCAGCGUAAGAGGUCGAUAUUCGGGCAAAGAACUGCGUCCAGAGCAGCUGCUGAAUCAGCUCGAUCGACCGGGAGAGAUCAACGCCAAUGGGGAGGCUACGAGGCACGCGGCACAAGUACCUCGUGCACCGCGUCCAGCGAAAGACCACGCCCGCACACACAACGAGAACGGUGGACGUGGGUCACCCCGAUAUGCCGGUUUAUCACCCCUGGCGGACCGAUUGUCGAGCCAAUUGAUAGCCCAAGCAAGCAAAGAGGACUUUACAGGCUGCUGGCAGACCUUGCAACAGUUGGGAAACGAAUGUGAGAACCUUGUGGCUAGCGAGUCGCGGACGAUGUUUUCGAGGAAAGACAUGGUUCCAUCUCUCCAAAAGCUGCUGCGCAAAGCUACUGGACAAUGGUUGGAUUCCCUGGCGGGAAACAAACAUGAACCGGGACUCCCGUCUCCUUUGGAUAUCCAUAGCAUACUGUUCCGUCUACGUGGCACGUAUCCGGGACUCUACAACGCCACACUGUGGCACGUGGCUUCAGGCAUCGCAGAUCUUCACUUUGCUAACAAACUCAACAAUCAACCUCCUGGCACCAUUCAACAUGCAGUUGGACUCCUGGUUCAGAUGUGGAGAGUUUGUAUCGCUCUUCAGGCGUCAGACUCUCGUGGCCACAGCUCCGCCUCUGGCUCCAUGUCCACAUCUAAAGUUCUGGCAGACGACACGGACUGGAGCUUUCUACCACCUGCAGAUGCCUUUGCUCAUUGGAAGUCAGACGUUCGAAAUCGGUCGGAAUUUGAGGGCGUGCUCUCCAUGUUGUUGCCAGUAUCGAAACAGCAAGAUAAUCCACAGAGACAAUUCGACUAUGCUAGUGCUGCUUUGAUCACCCUGGACCUCGUUAAAGAGGUCAAGACGGACGGAGCCGAGGGUCAAUCCAUGCCUCUUUCACAGCUUCCAGAGCAUGCUCCAUUCGCACACCUGCUUGAGACCAUCCUCAGAGCUUUUCCCGCGCCACGAAUACCGAGGAGUCUGUAUCAUAAGAUGGAACGUCUCGAAGAUGAGGGACUCCUCAGACAGUACGAGUUCAUGAUAGCGCGGCUUGGACUUUAUGACAACAGGCCGCAACGAAGCGCUGAAGAAGCCGAGCAGAAGGAAGACGAACUUCAGUCUACGCCCCUUUCGAGCGACAACGAGCAAGCUCGCGAGAAUCGGGAUCGAUCAAGGGAAGAUGUCGAGUUCGCUGAGAAGCCACAAACUCCACAAAUCGAAAGCUUUGCACUUUUAAACGUCAAAAGACUUGGCCGGGCCUUGGAAAGCCGCGACAUGUACCAGGUUGAGAAGAUUCGACGAGAGGUCCAUGCUUUCGCUGGGUCGCACCAAGACGACCCUAGAGCCGUGCCACUCGAGCUCUACGAGCAUCUCAUGCUCACUUUCCUGUCUUUGCAAAAUCCGAAGGCCGCCAUUGAAAUCUGGAAUCACGUCAUGACUCUAGGCUACAAACCGACCGUGAAAACGUAUUCCGUCAUGAUGCGUGGUGCCCGAGCAUCGAAAGACCGUGCUGGAAUGGAGGCAUUCUGGCACAAGAUGCGUCAGUCAGGCUACCAACCCGAUGAGCAUGCUUGGUCUAUCAGAAUCUACGGACUGUUUGGUCUCGAUGCCGCAAGACAAGGCAUGGACGCACUGAACGAGAUGGCGCGGCAGUGGUUGGCAGCUGCGAAGACCAAGGCUAUCCAACACAUGAACGCAGCUCAAAGCAAGCAGUUGAUCGCCAGAAAAAAGCUUUUCGCCGAAUUGUUGUCCACGUAUCCAGGUCCGGUCGACGGCGUACCACGACCGAAUGUCAUCAUCAUGAAUUCGGCCAUCUCAUCUUUAGCCCAUAAACGCGAUUACAUCAUUGGAGAUGUCCUUCGCUGGGGCCGUUCGUUUGGCAUUGAACCAGAUCUCACGACUUACAACGCUCUUUUGAACGUGGCCAUGCGCAAAGGCGAGGCUACCGAGGCUUUGAACAUCCUUGUGAGCAUGCAGAAGCGUGGUAUACAAGGCGAUAGUACAACAUGGACUGUUCUUCUGACUGCCCUCUUCCAAGGCGGAUUCCUGGACGGGUUGGACCACCUCGCACAGCAGAAGAAGAUUUUAGGCUUCGUGGAUGCUCUUGAGAACAAAGAUGGCACCAUGCCAGGCCUGGACGAGAAGGGAUAUGCACUCAUCAUCAACCACCUGCUGAAGCAAUAUUCGAACCCUACCGCCGCGGAUGCAGUCAUGGCGCGAAUGAUCGCGACUGGACGACAGCCAUCCCCUCAUAUCUACACAAUUCUGUUGACACAUUAUUUCGACACGCAACCUGAGCCCGACCUCGCCGCUGUCCAGGCUCUCUGGAGACACAUUGAAUCUCACAACAGAGGUUGGGGCGCCGUACUCGACAACAUCUUCUACGAUCGAAUGAUCGAAGGAUACGCUCGCCACCACCAACUCGCCGGCAUCCAGCCAGCUUUGGGCUUCCUCAAGCGUGCUCGACAGGCAGGGCAAAGGACUGGAUGGGCGGCCCUUGAGGCUGUGGCUCGGGCACUCGCGGAGAGGCAGCAAUGGGACAGACUCCGCGCUUUGGUCGAUCAGGUGAAGGUCGAUAUGAGGGAGAAUAGAGGCGGAACGUCCGGCCAGGCGAAAGGAAGCUUCUUUUCCUUUAUCGAAAGGACUGGCCUGUCCGCCAGGGAAGAGGACUCGGGGGUUCAGCGUCAGAAAUCGACUCAUCGCAGGGAAGGUCCUUUGAUGAGGGCUGCGGCGAGUGCUGCGGAGGGGGCGUGGUCACGGUCGUUGGCGGAUUAG